AGAGGAUUCCGUGUCAGGAAUGCAGGCAAUAUCUUCGUAGUGAGCUUAGCUGUGGCUGACCUGGUGGUGGCGCUCUACCCGUACCCUCUGGUGCUGACAGCCAUCUUCCACCGGGGCUGGAACCUGGGCUCGGCACACUGCCAGAUCAGUGGCUUCCUGAUGGGCGUCAGCGUGGUGGGAUCCAUCUUUAACAUCACGGGCAUCGCCGUCAACCGCUACUGCUACAUCUGCCACAGCCUCAAGUACGACAAGCUGUUCAGCGACAAGAACUCUGCAUGCUACGUGCUCUUGAUCUGGGCGCUGACCGUGCUGGCCAUAAUCCCCAACCUGUUUGUGGGGUCGCUGCAGUACGACGCCCGUGUCUACUCAUGCACGUUCGAGCAGUCGGCCAGCUCAGCCUACACCAUCGCCGUGGUCUUCUUCCACUUCAUCCUGCCCAUCAUGGUGGUCACCUACUGCUACCUACGCAUCUGGGUGCUGGUCAUACAAGUGAGGCGGCGGGUCAAGCCGGAUAACCGACCCAAGCUGACGCCUCAUGACGUGCGCAACUUUGUCACCAUGUUCGUGGUGUUCGUGUUGUUCGCCGUGUGCUGGGCGCCGCUCAACUUUAUCGGCCUAGCGGUCGCCGUGGCGCCCGAGCGCUUGGCGCCCCUCAUUCCGGAGUGGCUGUUCGUGGCCAGCUACUUCAUGGCGUACUUCAACAGCUGCCUCAACGCCAUCGUGUAUGGCGUGCUUAACCAGAACUUCCGCCGCGAGUACAAGCGCAUCGUGGUGUCCGUGUGCACCGCCCGGAUCUUCUUCCCCGAGAGUUCCAACGAGGCGCAGGAAAGGCUCAAGAGCAAGCUGUCCCCGCUGAUGACCAACAACAACCAGGUCAAAGUGGACUCUGUGUGAGGCGCAUUAGGCUGGCUUUACGUGGUGAAACUUUUACACAACCGGUUGCAGCUCAACCCGCUCUUAUUGACAUAUGGCAAAUACAUAUCACAGUUUCUCGAUGCAUGCAAGACAAUAUU